AUGAUUGACAAAUUGGACGGGCAACAAGAGCCGAAAGUAGAAAUCCUUGACAUCAAUGAUCAUGUUCAAGAGUCUUCGGAUCCUGUAGUUCCUCAUGAGCGCCAGAUUAUUGAUGACAUCAUUGCAAUUUGGAAAGAAGAUCCAUCUCUGGAGUCUUUGGGUGUUCCAAAACUACAUGCCAAGGUGAAAAGUAGGCAUCCUACCUGGUCAGUAUCCGAAAAAAGAGUACGUACGCUCUUGAAAACUUAUGGUCUUAUCACGACGAAUCAACAGUUCACUUACGCUAAUGAGAUACAUUCGAGAAUUGUCUCGAGCAUCGAGCUACCUCCGAAGGUAAAGGUCACAAUGACAGCCAAGAGGGGAAAGGGUCUUUACGCAAAGACGCAGAUCAGAAAGGGAGAUCUUAUUUGGGAAGAGAGACCUUUAUUCUUCGUACCAGCUCUCGCCAAUGUUAAGUUGGUAAGAACUGGAAGGGCCUGCGCAUACUGUGCAAAGCUUUUGACUCAAAGGUCGAGCACUGGACUAUCUGCCCUACGCGGCUUGGAUUGCAAUGUUUGCCCUGAAUUAUGGUGCUCGAAGGACUGCAAAACUCUAGAUACCUUACAUGCGAAAUUGAAACACAAUAUGUCUAGUCAUUCAAAUGGAAAAGGCUCGAACCUUAUCGACGCUAGUGGAUUUAUAGCUUUGGAGGAUUAUUGUUUUCAAGAGCAAUGGAAUGCACUUUAUGCAAUAACUUUGAUAUACGCCGAAAUGCAAGCUGAUAAGACGAGGACUAAAGCGGAAUAUUUUAGCUCAAUGGCACGAGUCUCCCAAAAAGUGCGUUACAAGGCCAUAAAUUCCUCUGCAGGUUCAUUUGAUACCAUGCAAGGGGGCGCUCUUUUUGUUAUGGAGCAACAGGAGGCAUUAUGGAAUGAGGGUUAUCAAAAAUUUUUGAAGGUAUUUCCUUCGGCUCAUGACCAAGUCCCGUUUGAGGAGUUUAUGAUGAUGAUGGGAACAUACAACAUAAAUAACUUGGACUCGUGCAUCUUCCUAACCCAGUCCCAUUUGAAUCAUAGUUGCCAUCCUAAUACAGACGUACAAGCCUCCACAGCGUCGCGGACUGGUCCAUUGAAGGUUUUCGCGGCUCGUGACAUCAAAGCUGGUGAAGAGCUUACCACUUCAUAUGUAAACCCUAGUCACACAUUACAUCAGAGACAAAGGGAGUUGCGUGUUAAUUGGGGAUUUAUCUGUAGCUGCCAGAGAUGCAAAGAUGAAGCGAAAGAACAUCAUAGACGGAAAUCGAGUAAUGGGAUGGGUGCAAAAGAAGUCCCCUCCAACAUAAGGGAAAUGCUCAAGGAUACAAAGAGUGCAAUAGGAAAUUCGGAAAUAGAAUUGGAAAUCCCUACGGUUCAGGGAGGCGAAAGACGAAAAUCUGUUAGGUUUGAUGAGCAUGUAAUAUCUGUCAAUCAAUGA